AUGGAGGUCAACCCGCCCCGUCCAGAAGGCGCCAAAAAAGCUCGGAAAGCCGAGAAGCCCAAGUUACCGAAGUUACUGAGACACCUGCAAGUGGCAUGUACCAAGCGCGGUGACUCGAGCUGCCACCUGCUUCGCUAUCGGAGGAUAUUCAACGAAGUGCUGCUCGACAUCGGUCUCGAGAUCUGCGAAGACGCGCGGUGCGACACGGAAAACGGCGUUUGCAUUGCCAUCGCCCAGGCGAGUGGUCGCGGGUAUGUUUUCGGUGGCGUACACGACGACACGUUCGAAAGACACGCGCUCGACAUCGUCCAAUACCUGCUCACCGAGCACCACUGCAUCACCACCGUGGAAAUGAACCACAUCGUGAGGCACUGCCCUGCGCUACUCAAAGCGCUCAGGCUGAACAGGGCCGUGGAAUGUGUGCUCAUUUCCGGAAUGGAUUCUGAGCAUAGCGCGGAAGACGUGGCCGCCUUCAAAGUGGUCAAGUCUAUGUCGCAACUGAAAGAGCUGUACUUCGACACCAAGCGUUGUCCUCCGAUGUACAAGUACAACUUGCAACUGUACGGCCAGCUACUUCGAGGAGGCACAAGACAGCUCAGCGCCCUCGACGUGGCUCACGUGGAAAUGAGCCAGAAACAGGUGAAACGACUCAUCGGGGCGCUGACGCGGAAUCGAACUGUGACGCACCUAGUAGUCGGUGAGAACGUGUUCACCUGCGGAAAGGAGCUGUCAGGUGCGAACUUCGCAUACUACCUCGUCAAUACAGGCACGCUCCGCACACUGAAGUUGGUCUCGAAACCCGAAUUCACGAACGAACAAGCCAUCCGGACACUGGUCGACGCUGUGUGCCAGAUGACGACGCUUGAAGAACUGAAAGCGGACUUGGACAUCAAGAUGGUAGGCUUUGCUGCCCGGAUCGCCCUGUUCGCUCAAGUGGUGGCCGAAAACUCGACACUGCGUCGCCUCCGGCUUCCGUUCGUGACCUGCAGCUGCUUGCGAACGGACGAUGACCUGGACUACUACCUCGAUCCCCCGGAUCCCGACGCCGCCGAGCACUACUACCUCGAUCCCCCAGAUCCCGACGCCGCCGAGCACUACUACCUCGAUCCCCCAGAUCCCGACGCCGCCGAGCACUACUACCUCGAUCCCCCGGAUCCCGACGCCGCUGAGCAGAUGGCGCACUUAGUGCAGGCCGUGCGGAGCAACUCCGUGCUUCGCAAGCUCGAGAUAGACUUGGCCGGUUUCGGCGUAGACGAGUGCUGCGAAUUCUUCGACGCGGUCGCCGACAACGCCACGCUGGUCUCGGUAGCUGUCCGACGGCUGCCCAACGAUGUCCAGGUGGACGGCAUCUGCAAAAAGAUCCGGGAACGCGGGAUCCAAGACAGAGUGCGCAUCUGCCACCACCACCUAAGCUGGCUGGACAUCGCCACGCUGCGCGACUGUCCGGAAAUCACCAGCGUCAUCGUCAGCGGCUGGCACUUCGCCGAAGACAUGGGCUACUGCAGGGACAUGUUUCACACCCUCGUUGCCUGCCCCCACGUGACUUCAGUUCGUGUGGACACCUGGUACUUCUGCGACUACACGUUCAUGAUGUUGACCGAUUACGUGACGAGAGCGCAGACGCUCACGGAGCUCGAGAUCAACGUGACCGGUAUCCCGGAAUGGCGGUCAGACGAGGACCACCUGAGCAUCGAGAGAAGCCUGGUUAAAGCCGUGUCUUUCAACGCCAGCCUGGUCGCAGUGAACAUCACGGGGAUCCUGCUGUACAACAAGCACUGCGUUAUGCUCGCGGACGCCGCCGCCGCCAGGAGCCGAAGGCUCACGCACCUGCGCAUCACACCGGCCAACACGAUGAACCCGACGUUCGCCAACCUCAUGCCGCAGCUGCUGGCCUGGUACCCGCGGCAUGUGCAGGUGGAGUACUACAACUACAAGAACAGAGGACACGCCUAUUUACGGGAAAUCACGGCACGAAACAACAGGAACGUCUUGGCGGCGGUUCGCUACGUGCUGGGCAACUGGAACUGCGACGACGGAGCACGGGUGCUCGAAGCGAUCCACAACCACCCGUCGCUCGUGUACCACGUGCGGCGCAAGACUGAGGUUGGCACUGUCGAUGCAAACGCCAAGAUUGCGCAUGCUCUGAAGCGCAUCCGAAGCUGCGGCAUCGACGAGUACAUGAGACUGGCCGGCGUUGUCAAGAGACGCGUAAUGUGCAUCAAACAUGAGAGCGGUGUUGGCAUGCAGAUCGCAGACCUCAAUGAGUACUGCUGGCUGUACAUCCGCAGGUACCUGAAGAUUGCGGACGUUGUAGGAGUGUAA